UGCGCAAGCCGCCACCGCGACCGUUUGUUGGGUUAUACGGCCGUGUCCGGACCGAGCACGGCUCAGUCGGCAAGUUUAGCUCAUCGGAUGCGUGUAAAAGUCUCCCGGCAAAAGAAAUCGUGCGCUAGAGGUGGAAAAUCGGUGUGGAAAAUCUCUCUCCCAGAGCUCAUAGCCAGUAGCAGUUGUUGGAAAAAAUUUCCCUUUUAGGGGGUGUGAAGUGAAAAGUGGAACCGCAGCAUUUGAAUCAACGCAAAUCAACGAAUACAGCCCAGAAAAUAAACAGGUAGAAUACUGAACAAACACAAACAAGCGGAAGCUGUUCGGAGAAAAUAAUACCAGAAAAAAAUACCGUGGAUUAGUUAAAUAGUGCCAAGUGUACGCGAAAGGCAUCAACCGCGCUAAGAAGAAGAACCCCUCUCGUUAAGAGGAGGCAAAGAUUCUCCGCAAGUGCCCAGUGAAAGUCAGUGUUUAAAUGUUAGAACUACCGCAACGGUUCGUUGUUCGUGUUUGCAAGUGAAAUCUCGGAAGAAAAGGAAAAUCUGUUCGCGAAAAUCAGAAAGUGCAUUCGUUAAUUCCCCAAACAGAGGGCGCUGAAUCAUGGCGGACCAUGAUUUCGCACCGAGCUUCACCCAGAAGCCCCAGCUGCGCCAGGAGGACGACGGCAAUCGGUUAGUGUUCGAGUGUCAGUUGAUUGCGAAGCCCAAGCCGGCCAUCGAGUGGUACCGUAGCGAAGAGCUCCUGUCACAGAAUGCCCGCACCAAGUUCAAGAUCCAAUCGUUCGGCGAGAACAAGUACUUUGUGGUGCUGGAGCUGGACGAUGUGAUCGAUACGGAUGCCGGGCUGUACAAGGUCAAGGCCAAGAACCGGAUGGGCGAGGUGUCGGCGUCGAUCAACCUGAACUUCAGUCCUGUCGAUGAACCCGUAGAAAAACAAAUCGACGGACUUGCGCCGACCUUCAUCAAGAAACCCUCGAUCCAGCAGGAGAACGACGGCAAGCGGUUGAUCUUCGAGUGUCAGAUCCAGGCCGAUCCGAAGCCACAGAUCCGGUGGUCCCACAACAGCAAAGUGAUCGAUAACACCCCAAGGCAUAAGUUCAAAGUACAAAACGAUGGCAAGCUCUACUUCGCGACGUUGGAAGUGGACAACGUCACGUUCGAGGACUCGGGCAAGUACAAGGUGACGGCCAAGAACGAACUGGGCGAAUCGAGUGCGACGAUCAGUUUGAACUUCGACAGUGAGGAAGUCCCGGUGCCAGCGGAUGGUUUCAAGCCCGCCUUCACAGAACGACCCGUCACGCGACAAUCGGACGACGGCAAGAAUAUUGUAUUUGAGUGUAGAUGUAUCGGUGAUCCGAAACCAACAUACACAUGGUACCACGAAAAGAACGAAAUUCAGAUGGGUGGCAGGUUCAGUAGUGAGACAGAGGUAGACCAAAACCAUUGCCAUCUGAUACGGUUUACGAUUCGGGACGUGAAACAGCUGGACCGGGGCGUGUACAACGUCGUGGCGAAGAACAAACAUGGCGACUCGUCCGCCAUCAUUAACCUGAACUUCGACUCAAGUUCGAAGAUAGUAAACCCGGAGGGUAAACCACCCCGCUUUCCACAGAAGCCCACAAUUUCCCAGAAGGGCGAAGUGCUCUCGAUGGAGUGCAUCCUGGAGGCCUUGCCGGUGGCCGACAUUACCUGGUUCCACGGCACCGAGACCAUCACCGAUGGCGAGCGGUUCAAAAUCUUGCGCAAAGCGAUCUCGAACGAUACCUACUUGCUGACGCUGCAAAUUUCGCAACCGACCGCCAACGAUGGGGGCAUCUACCGGUGUCACGCUUUCAACCCAUUCGGGGAAAGCAACGCGCACAUUACGCUUAACUUCAAAGCGAACGAAAACGAUCGAGGCUUUGCUCCGUCAUUCGUGGAGAAACCGAAGAUCAUCCCGAACAAGCUGGGCACGCUGAUAACGAUGAAGUGUAGAUGUAGAUCGAAACCGAAACCGACCGUCAAGUGGAUGCGUAAGAAACAGGAGGUCAAAUCGUCCAACAAGGUGGCCCUGGAGGUGAAAACCGUCGACGAGGACACGUACGAGCUGACGCUGAACAUCAAAGAUCCCAGCGCAGAGGAUGGCGGCAGCUAUUCGUGCGUGAUCAGCAACGAGUUCGGCGAGAGCAGUGCGACACUGAACUUGAACAUCGAGUCCGAGCAGGAAUCGACGAAGAACGCACCGAUCUUCGUUGAGAAGCCGCACAUCGUUUCGCUGGACAAUGGCAAGCUGGUUCGCAUGGAGUGCAAGGUCAAAACCGACCUCAAGCCGGACAUCACGUGGACUCGCGAGGGUAAAAUCAUUCAGGAGACCAGCAAGCUGAAGAUCACGAUGACGGCCGAAAAGGACGUGUACCACAUCUCCCUGGUGUUGAAGGAUCCACAGACGGAAGACUCUGGCACGUACAAGUGUAACAUCAAGAAUAUUCUCGGUGAAUUAAAUGCCAAUUUAAUUCUUAACAUUGAGAUUGUUCCGGUCAUCAAGGAGAAACCGAAACUGGUAACGAACGUCAAGAAGCGAACGGCGUCGAUCGAGUGUGCGGUCGCGUCCCGCUUCAAGCCGGAGUGCAUUUGGAUGAAGGAGACGACGGUGAUCAAGGAGACGCACCGUCACAUGAUCAAGAUCGAGGAAACUCGCCAGGGCGAGUUCUCCGUCAAGCUCAACAUCACCGAGCUGAGCGAGGCCGACUUUGGUGCAUACAAGCUGGUGGCCAAGAACGACAAGGGCCAGGCGACCUCGCAGGUGAUCGAGAUCAAGGACAUCGUAUUCGAGAAGCCCCCGCCGACCAAGCCGAUCAUCGAUCCGAAGCUCAAGGAUGUGGAGGUGGAUGAGGGCGGCAAUUUGACGUUGGCCGUAGGCCUGGUCCACCCGGAUCGCCACUUCAAGGUGUACUGGAUGAAGAACAAGACGAUCUUGAAGACCAGCGAAACUGUCAUCCAGGAGUUCAGCGGCCGUAUGGCUAAGCUGACGGUCAAGAACUGCAAAGUGGAGGAUGCCGGUACCUACAAGGUGUCGAUCAGCAACGAACAGCAGAGCGACGAGUCUGAGGCCAAGGUUAAGAUUAUAGAAAAACCGAAGCCGAAGGAAGAGGAGAAGAAGAAGAAGGUUGUGAAGAAGGAGGAGAAGGUUGAAGAGAAGAAGGUGGAAGAGAAGAAGGUCGAGGAGAAGAAGGUAGAAGAGAAGAAGGUGGAAAUCAAGGUCGAGGAGAAGAAGGCUGAGAUCAAGGUCGAGGAGAAGAAGGCCGAGGUCAAGAAGACUGAACUUAAGGUCGAAGAAAAGAAGGCCGAGUUGAAGGUGGAGGAGAAGAAGGCUGAGAUCAAGGUGGAGAAGAAGGCCGAGGAGAAGAAGGUGGAAGAGAAGAAGGUUGAAGAGAAGAAGGAAGUCAAGAAGAAGGUCGCUGCCAAGAAGGAGGAGAAGAUCGAAAUUAAGGUUGAAGAGGCAAAGAAGGAAGAAAAGGUCGAAAUCAAGAUCGAGGAGGCCAAGAAACCGGAGGUGCCAAAGAUCAUGGAGACCAAAGAGCCCGAGCCCAAGAAGGGUCUGGAAGCUCCUAGCAUCGAGAUUGUGCGCGACAAGGGAGGUAGUCGACGUGGUUCAUUCUUGGACGAUCGCCGUCCAAGCUUGUUGAUGGGUGAUGAUACCAAGUUACGACCCGGUGAAGUUGUCGACGAACGAAAGAAACGACGACCAUCAAUCGAUGUACGACGCCCGAGCAUUCAAGAUAUGGACGAGAAGAUCAAUCUACCGUCGACGCCGUUGCGAGAUAUCGGUGAACCAGGCAAACCAGCAGUCAUCGUUGACUUCCAGGAGAGCUACUCCGCCGUUGAAGAUCAAACCGGCUACAUCUCGGUGCAGGUCGAGGGUAACCCAGCUCCGACUUGGAAGUUCUUCAAGGGUAUCACCGAGCUCAUCGAUGGCGGUCGCUACAAGCAUCACACCGAUGGCGAGAGCAAUACCAUCACGCUGUGCAUUCGUAAGGUCAAACCCAACGACGAAGGCAAGUACAAAGUCGUGGUGUCCAAUCCGCACGGUGAGGACUCGGCCGAGGUACAGCUGUACGUGUCCGACUCCAGCGGUAUGGAUUUCCGUGCCAUGUUGAAGAAGCGAAAGUACGCCAAGUGGGCCAAGGAGAAGGAGGAAAUGGUCAUCGACCUCAAGGAAGUCGAGAAACCGAAGCCGCAGUUGAAGAAAGUGGAACGAAAACAAGAUACUUUCUCCAGGCCUCUGGUGGACAUCACGUGCAAGGAAGGUCGCGAGAAGAAGGUAAUCUUCGAGUGUGCCUUCACCAAGCCGAACGCCAAGGCCAAGUGGAUGCUGCGUAAGGAUGAAAUCUUCACCGGUCCCAAGUACAAGUUUAAGACCGAGGGAGACGUGUACAGCUGUCUGAUUUUGAAUCCCAAGGUUGAGGACAGUGGCAAGUACACGAUUGAAAUUGCUGGCAUCUCCUGCUUUGCCUAUCUGACCGUCGAGGAAGCCGAUCCGGUGUACAAGUUUACCAAAACCCUGAAAAAGAACGAGAAGGGCUUCAUUACGCACGACACCCAUCUGGAGUGCGCCGUCGAUAACUCGUUGGCGCCGAUUUCCUGGUGGAAGGGCGAAACGAAAUUGGAGAACGACGGUGAUAAGUACGUCAUCGGAAAGGACCUCAACGGUACGGUCACUCUGAUCAUCAAGAACUCCACCCUGGACGAUGCCGAUACCUACACUUGUAAGAUCGAGAAGCAGACGGAUAAGACCGAAACCAAGCUCAAGAUCAUGGAGUACAACUACAAGUUCACCAAGGUGCUCAAGAGCCAACAGCUGUUCGUCAAGGACACUGUUACGCUGGCUUGUGAGCUGGAUCACGUCCUCGGCACAGUCGAAUGGUUCAAGGGAGACGAAAAGAUCGUGGAGAGCGACAAGGUGCAGAUCAUCAAGGACGGUCGCAAGCACAAGCUGGUUCUGAAGGAUGUCGCCAAGACCGACAGCGGAAUGUACCGAUGUGUGAGCAAUGCCGACAAAACCGAAGCUGAAAUCUUUGUUAAACGACCCAAUAAGUUCAUGAAGAAGCUGAAGGAUACCACCGCGGAUGAGACGACCGAGUGCACGCUUGAAAUCCAGGUUCAAGACGAGGAAGCCGACGUACAGUUCUUCCUCGGUGAAACUGAAAUUGUCAAGAACGAUCGCAUCAACAUCGUCGCCACCGGUGACGGAACGUGGAAGCUGACCUACAAAAAGCUGGAACUGGCCGACGCAGGUGAGAUCACCUGCGUCUGUGGUCCUCUCACCAGCAAGUGCACCCUGAAGGUCAACAAGAAGGAAACGAAGCCGAAAUUCGAGGUACCACCAAAGGUGGAAACGCCUGCCAAGGUGGAGAAGGUCCUAGAGGUUCCAUUCACGACCGGUGAGUCUCGCCAGUCUAAGGUCACCGCUAAGGUGUUCAAAGAUGGUAAGCCGGUUUCACCGGCCGAAGUUGAUAUAGUUGUAGAGAAUGAUAAGCUCGUGCUGAAGUUCAAGAAGACCGAGUUUAAGGACUCGGGCGAAUUUAAGAUCGUGCUGGAGAAUGCUACCGGCGCAGAAGAGCAUACCACCAACGUUGUAUUCCAGGACAAACCGCAGGCACCGCAGGACAUCGAGUGUACCAGCAUCUACCAAACACGAUGUUUGGUUAAGUGGAAGGCCCCUGUCAACGAUGGUGGCGCUCCUCUGACCAAGUACGUUCUGGAACGGCAGGAUGUGUUCAAACGAUCCGGUUGGGACAAACUGGAAGACGUUCCCGGCGAUCAGACCAAGUUCAACUGUACGGAUCUUACGCCUGGUCGGCACUACAAGUUCCGUGUCAAGGCUGUCAACAUAAUGGGCGAAUCGGAGUACUGUAGCAUGGAGGAAGAUAUCAUUGCCAAGGAUCCUUGGACCGAACCGGAUCCUCCAAGAGACCUGGUGAUCUCCAACUGGGACAAAGAGUUUGUCGAUCUCGCCUGGAAGGUUCCAAAAUCUGAUGGUGGAGCACCAAUCGAAAGCUACAUUGUCGAGUUUAAACCAUACACCGCUGCCAAUUGGAAGCAAUUCGAAACGGUUGGGCCCAAUCAGUUGACAACUACGAUCAAAAACCUAACCGUAGGAGAAACCUUCGAGUUCCGUGUGAAGGCCACCAACAAGGGAGGCGCGAGUAAGCCCAGCAACAGCACCGAGCCACUCAAGAUCAGAGACCGCUACGUCAAACCCUUCAUCGAAGGCGAUGGCAUUCAGCCGAUCACUUUGAAGAAGGGCCAGACCAUUCGGUACUAUGUACAGUACGGAGGCGAACCGGAGCCCGAGGUCGUUUGGGAGAAGGAUGACAUUCUCAUUAUCUGCGACUCCGAGAAGCGAAAAACAAUCGAAGUGGAAUCCUCGGCCACGACCCUCAAUGUUCGACAUUCCGUACGUGCCGACUCCGGCACUUACAAACUAAAACUCAAGAACAGUAGCGGAGAAUUCGUAACGGCUGCCAAGGUGUUGGUGCUGGAUGUUCCCUCGCAACCAAUUGGUCCGAUCAAGAUUGAAAAGGCAAGAGCCAACCACGUGGUCAUCAGCUGGCAACCUCCGGAAGACACAGGAGGUUGUCCACUGGCCGGCUAUAUCUUGGAAAAGAUGGACGUCGAAAACGGUACUUGGCUGCAGGCCGGUGAAUGCGGUCCUGAACAACUCACAUUCGACUUCCAGCAUUUACAAAAGGGAAGGAAGUUCGAGUUUAGGGUUAAGGCCUACAACAAAGAGGGUGAAUCUACGCCUUUGGAGACCUUGCUUGCGGUAAAAACGGUCAACCCAUACGAUCCCCCAGAAGCGCCCGGCAAACCGGCCGUCGAUGACUACGGCGUGGACUUUGUCGAGCUCAAGUGGGCCGCCCCGGAGAAGGACGGUGGACGUCCCGUCACGCACUACAUCAUCGAGUGCAAGAACAAGUUCCUGUCGGAUUGGACCGAGUGCCACAAAACCGAAACGGCCGACACCGUCUGCAAGGUGCACGGCCUGAAGGAGAAGGUCGUCUACCAGUUCCGUGUCAAGGCAGUCAACAAGGGUGGCACCUCCAAGCCUUCCGAACCGAGCGACAACCACACCGUCAAACACAAGAACCUGAAACCUCGCAUCGAUCGAACGAACCUGAAGAACCUCACCAUCAAGGUUGGCAAGUCCAUGCUUUGGUCGGUGGACGUGAAGGGUGAGCCAGAGCCGGACAUCACCUGGAGCUGGCGUGACAACAUUCCACUUACCGUGAGCGAGAACAUCAAGAUCGAGACCGGUAACUACCACACGAACUUCUCGAUCAAGGAUGCCAAGCGUGCCGAUACGGGCAAGUACAAGAUUUUGGCUACGAACGCCUCUGGAAAGGAUGAGGUUGAAGUUGAGUUGGUCGUUCUUGGAGCUCCUGGCAAAUGUCAAGGCAAGCUGGAGGUAUCCAACGUUACCAAGAAGGGUCUGAAGCUGAAGUGGAAGAAACCUCUGGACGACGGUGGUUGCCCGAUCAAGGAGUACAAGAUCGAGAAGUUGAAGAACCGCAAUGGUAAAUGGGUUCGCUGCGGCACGGUCAAGGGAGGACCAGAAAUUCUCGAGGCUGACAUUACCGGUCUAGAUGAGGGCGCGACAUACAAGUUCCGUGUGUUUGGUGUGAACGAUGAAGGUGAAUCGGAACCCCUGGAAUCGGAGGAGGUCGUAGCGAAGAAUCCCUUCGACGAGCCAUGGAAACCGGGUCAACCCGAGAUUGUCGACUUCGACAACAAGUCCGUCAAGCUCAAGUGGGCUCCACCAAAGUCGGACGGCGGUGCUCCCAUCGUUCAAUACAUCGUGCAGAAGAAGGAACGCUUCAAGGAUUGGGAAGAUGUUAAGGAAGUUCCUGGACACGAGACUACCGCCACGGUUGAGGACCUGAAAGAAAACACCGAGCUGCAGUUCCGUAUUAUUGCCGUCAACAAGGCUGGACGCUCUCCCGAAUCGGAUCCAACGGCCACUCAUAAAGUGAAACACCGCGCAUUGAAGCCACGUAUCGAUCGUACAAACUUGAAGCCGAUUGUGGUCCGUGGAGGUAAGAUGGUUCAUUACGACGUUAACGUCAAGGGUGAACCUGAACCGGAAAUUACUUGGGUACUGAAGGAGAAGCCAGUGUUCAAUGACGAUCAUUACGAGAUCAUCAACAAAGAUUACAACACCAAGUUCACCAUUAAGGAUAGCAUGCGUAGUAAGCACAGUGGUGUGUACGAAAUUAUCGCAAAGAACGAACACGGCAUGGACAAAGAGAAGGUAGAGAUCACCGUUCUUGCCAGUCCAAGCAAACCCAAGGGACCACUGGAGGUUAAGGACGUUACGAAGGACGGCUGCAAACUCAAGUGGAAGAAACCGGAAGAUGAUGGUGGCAAACCAAUCACCGGAUACCAACUGGAGAAGUACGAUCAGAAGGUUGGCCGCUGGGUACCGAUUGGAAAGACUCCGGCAGAUAAGGAAGAAUUCGACGUGACCGGAUUGCAAGAAGGACAGCACUACAAGUUCCGUGUCAAGGCCCUCAACGACGAAGGUGAAUCAGAGCCGCUGGAAACCGAAGAGUACAUGGUGGCGAAGAAUCCAUUCGACAAACCCAAGGCUCCCACCGAUCUGGUUAUCAACGAUUGGGAUAACUCGAGUGUCACUCUCCAGUGGAAACGCCCAAGCUCGGAUGGUGGAGCUCCCAUCAGUGGAUACUUCAUCGAGAAGAAGGAGCGUGGCGAGACUAAGUGGGAACCAGCGCUCACGACGUACAGUCCAGAAUGCCAAGCCAAGAUCCCUGAUCUGCCAGAGAAGCAUACCUUCCAGUUCCGCGUCAGUGCCAUCAAUAAGGCCGGCACUGGUGAAGCUUCGGAUCCAACUGGUUUCCACACUGUCAAGCACCGUUACUUGCGUCCACGCAUCGAUCGUACCAACCUUACACCGAUCACCAUCAAGGCCGGUUUGUCCGUGCAAUACGAUAUCGAUAUCGAGGGUGAGCCAGCACCGACCGUCAAGUGGUUCCAUGGAGACAAGGAAGUUACCACCGAUGCCGAUUUCAAGAUCGAUAACGUCGACUACAACACCAAGUUCUUCAUCAUGCGUGGCCGUCGCAACCUUAGCGGCAAAUACACGAUCGUCGCCACCAACUCGCAAGGUGAAGACCGUGCCGAAGUUGAGAUUACCAUUCUUAGCAAGCCAGGAACACCCGAAGGACCACUGGAAGCCACGGACGUGCACAAGCAUGGAUGCAAGCUCAAGUGGAAGCCCCCAUUGGACGAUGGUGGCAUGCCGAUCGAUGGCUACGAAAUCGAGAAACUGGAUCCACUAACCGGACAAUGGCUUCCGUGUGGCCAGAGCAGUACUCCGGAGGCGAACAUUUCCGGUCUGCAGGAAGGCAAGCAGUACAAGUUCCGGGUUAAGGCGUUCAACAAGGAAGGUGACAGUGACCCUCUGGAGAUGGAAACCGUUGUGAUAGCCAAGGAUCCAUUCAGCGAGCCAAGUAAGCCGGGCCGUCCUACGCCUACCGACUGGGGAAAGGACUUUGUCGAUUUGGAGUGGACCAAACCGAAAUCAGAUGGUGGUGCUCCAAUUACGGAGUACAUCAUCCAGAAGCGAGACAAGUCUAGCCGUAAGUGGCAGGACGCAGCUACCGUUAGCGGUGAUCGAACUCGUGGCACUGUUGAAGAUGUCGAAGAAGGCCACGAGUACGAGUUCCGAGUGAUUGCAGUCAACAAGGCUGGACCGUCGGAACCGAGCGAUAUCUCCGAUAGCGUAGUUGCUAAGCCGCGCAACUUGGCUCCAAGAAUCGAUCGCAAGAAUUUGGACAAGAAGGUUCUCCGUUUCGGCCAGCUCCUGAACGUAGAAGCCGACGUUACGGGUGAACCGGCACCAACGAUCACAUGGGAGCUCAAGGGCAAACCAAUUACUGGCAAGGAGGAAGAACGCAUCCGGCUGGAUAACGAAGACUACAAGACUAACUUGAUUAUUAGAAACUUGAAACGUUCCGAUUCAGGCAUUUAUAAAGUUACUGCUAAGAACAAAAAUGGUACGGACACCGUCGAGAUGGAGUUGGUGGUGCUGGCGAAGCCUUCGAAGUGUAUGGGACCACUGAAGGUAUCGGAUGUAACGGCAGAGGGCUGCAAACUGGCCUGGUUGCCACCAGAAGAUGACGGUGGUGAGCCAGUUCAAGCAUACGUUGUCGAACGUAUGGAUGUUGACAGCGGCCGGUGGAUUCAAGUCUGUGAGUCUCGAUUCCCAGAGGCUGAUGUAAGCGGACUUCAGGAAGGCAAGGACUACAUGUUCCGCGUGAAGGCCGUCAACAGCGAGGGCGAAUCUGAACCCCUGGAAACCGAUACCAGUACCCGGGCCAAGAAUCCCUACGAUGCUCCCAGCGCACCCGGAAAACCAAAGGCUACCGAUUGGUCCAGAAAGCAUGUCAUGCUGGAAUGGGCUGAGCCGGAAAGCGAUGGAGGAGCACCAAUCACCAAAUACAUUAUCGAAAAGAAGGAUGUUAACAGCACCAAGUGGAUGAAGGCUAUGGAAACCGAUGGACCAGUCAACAAAGCCAAGGUCCAGGAUCUUUUCGAAGGUACAACUUAUCAGUUCCGUGUGAAGGCUGUGAACAAGGGUGGACACAGCCCGUACUCGCCUUUGUCUGACCCAGUCUUGGUUAAGGACCGUUUCGCUCCACCAAGAAUUGAUCGGUCGACGCUCAAGAACACGACGCUGAAGGGUGGUCAAUCGCUACGUCUGGAUUGCAAGAUCAGCGGUGAACCUGCUCCAACUAAGUACUGGUUGAUUAAUAAGGCUCGUAUUGAGAAGGACAAUCCAGAAAUCCGUGUAGAAUUCGAAGACUACCGAGCCAAGUUGACGAUCGGAGGUGUAACACGUGCACACAACGGCACUUAUGAGAUCAAGGCCGAAAAUUCGUCUGGUUAUGAUGAACACCAGUUCACCAUCACAGUUCUGGACAAACCAACAGCUCCUGAAGGUCCGCUUAAGGUAUCGAACGUCCACAAGGAAGGUUGCUCGCUCAAAUGGAACCCACCACUAGACGACGGUGGUGUACCAAUUGAUCACUAUAACGUUGAGAAAUUCGAUAAAGAAACUGGACGAUGGGUUCCUGUCGGACGUACUCCCGAUACGCACAUGGACGUCACCAACCUGGAACCAGGACAAGAAUACUUGUUCCGUGUUUCUGCGGUCAACGAUGAAGGUGUUUCGGAGCCGUUGUCUACCGAACAGUUCAUCAUGGCCAAGAAUCCAUUCGACGAACCUGGAAAACCUGGUACUCCGGAGGCCUACGAUUGGGAUCGCAACUUCAUCGAACUGCGGUGGACUCCUCCAGUGUGUGAUGGUGGCUCUCCGAUCACCAAGUACAUUGUGGAGAAGCGCGAGCAUGGAACCAUCAAGUGGAUCAGGGCCGCCGAAGUUAUCGGAAACAAGUGCGAGGCUAAGGUCACGGAGUUGAACGAGGGCGAGGUGUACGAAUUCAAGGUUCGUGCCGUCAACGAAGCUGGCCCCGGUAUCUGGAGUGACCACAGCAAACCGAUCACUGCCAAACCUAGGAAGCUUCCACCAAAGAUUGACCGUCGCAACCUGAAGAAUCUGAGUGUCGCCAUCGGUGAGCCGUUUGGAUUCGAUGUCAAGAUCUCCGGUGAACCAGCUCCAGAUGUGGACUGGACGAUCAACGAUCGUAUGGUUACGACAACGACCACGCGCACCAUUGACAACGUUCCGUACAACAGCAAGUUUGCCAACACCAACCCGGAUCGUCGCGAUUCGGGCAAGUACAUAAUCAAGGCAACCAACAAGUUCGGAACCGAUCAGGUGGAGAUCACUGUCACUGUAAGAUCUAAACCAAGCGCACCGGAAGGCCCACUGGAAGUCAAGGACAUGACCAAGGAUAGCUGCAGACUGGAAUGGCAGAAGCCCAAGGACGAUGGAGGCGUUCCGAUCGAUCACUACGUUGUCGAGAAGUUCGAUCCGGACAAUGGCAUUUGGAUGACGGCUGGAAAGGUCGAGUGGCCGUUCACGGAGUUCCCGGUUGAGGGUCUCAUCCCAGGCCAUCGAUACAAGUUCCGUGUCAAGGCCGUCAACGCUGAGGGUGAAUCCGACCCGUUGGAGUCCGCUGGUACCUAUUUGGCGAAGGAUAGCUUCUCCGUUCCCGACACGCCCAGCGCCCCCACGGUUGUUGAUUGGUCUGAGAACCACGCUGUGCUCAAGUGGCCAGAACCCGACGAUGGUGGCAGCCCGAUUACAGGUUACAUCAUUGAAAAGAAGGACAAAUACAGUCCAAUCUGGGAGAAGGCCUGCGAAACCACUUCGCCAAGCCCGACAGCUACCGUUGGUGGUCUGGUUGAAGGUAACGAGUAUCAAUUCCGUGUUAUUGCAGUUAACAAAGCCGGACAGUCUGACCCAUCGGAUGCCAGUCGUACGUUUACUGCCAAGCCACGCUUCGCUCCACCGAAGAUCGAUCGUAGAACCAUUCGGGAUAUUUCUAUCUCCGCUGGAUCGAUGCUCAAGUUCGACGUCAAUGUGUCUGGUGAACCGGCGCCCAAAUGUGAAUGGCGCGUCAACAAAGCCACGGUUUCAGGUGAUAGACGCCUGGAGAUUCUCAAUACGGAUUACAACUCCAAGUUCAUUCUUCGCCCGGCUAACCGCAAUGAUUCUGGAGAUUAUGAAAUCACGGCUACCAAUUCGUCAGGACGUGAUUACGUAUGUGUCCAGGUUACGGUUACUGACAAACCCGGAGCUCCAGAAGGACCACUACAGGUAUCGGAUAUCACCAAGGAGACUUGCAAGCUGAAGUGGAAGCGUCCACGCGACGAUGGUGGUUGCGAUAUUGAAUACUACCAGAUUGAGCGCUUCGACGAAGAUGCUAAUGCAUGGGUCCCACAUGCCCGUAGCGUAGAAACCAAUGCCGACAUUAGUGGUCUACAAAACGGCAAGAAGUACAAGUUCCGCGUCAGUGCUGUCAAUGCUGAAGGUGAAUCCAAACCAUUGGAACAGGUUGGAGACUUCAUUGCGAAGAAUCCGUUCGACGAACCAUCUGCGCCUCAGAACUGCAAGGCUACCGACUGGGGUCCAGACUUUGUCAAACUGGCCUGGAUACCUCCGCUCAGCGAUGGAGGAUCUCCUCUCACUGGAUAUGUCGUUGAAGUCAAGGACAAAUACGGCGAAUGGGAAAAGAAGAUGCAAGUGCCUGCCGAUGCUACCACGGCUGAAGUACCUGAUCUCAUGGAAGGCCAGAAAUACGAAUUCCGAGUUCGGGCUGUUAAUGAUGCUGGCCCAGGUGCUCCAAGCAACGCAACUCCACCAAUCAUAUGUAAGCCGAAGAACCAACCACCGAAGAUCGAUCGCACGAACUUGAUCGAUGUGCGUAUCAAGGCCGGAAACAAUGUUGUGUUCGACGUUAAGGUUACCGGAGAGCCAAUUCCUAAGACCAGAUGGUCGUUGAACAAGCGCGAGUUGAAACAGAAUGAGCGCUUCAAGAUUCAGGAUUACGAUUACAACACCAAGAUCACCAUUCGAUCGGCUACACGUGGUGAAUCAGGAACCUACACGAUCGAAGCCGAAAACGAAAACGGCAAAGAUACGGCCAAUGUGUUCGUUACUGUUUUGGAUGUUCCUAGCCCACCUGGAGGACCGCUAAAGGUUGCGGAGAUCACUGCCAAUGGAGCCAUUCUGGAAUGGCGUGCUCCAGAAGAUGACGGUGGAUUGCCCAUUGACAACUAUAUCAUUGAAAAGUUGGACGAAGCUAAGGGCACAUGGGUGUAUGCUGGAGACUCGGGAAGCAGCAAGUGCAAAGCGGAGAUCGAUGGUCUCAUCGAAGGACACUCGUAUAAGUUCCGCGUUCGCGCUCAGAACAAAAUGGGCAAAUCCGAGCCUCUGUCGAUGGCGAACUCCGUGGUUGCGAAGAAUCCGUUCCGUACACCACAACGACCAGAGAACCUUACCAUCACGGACUACGAUAAGGAUUACGUCGAGCUGGAAUGGAAGGCCCCGGAGAAUGACGGAGGUGCUCCAAUUACCGGUUAUGUUGUCGAAAAGCUCAGCAAGUACUCUGGAGAUUGGGAGAAGUGCGCUGAAGUUGACGGUGAUGCAUGCACUGCCAAGGUUCCAGAUCUGAUUGAAGGCACUGCCUACCAGUUCCGUGUCAAGGCAAUCAACCGCGCAGGAGAAGGUGAAGCUAGUAAACCAACCGACUCGCAUAUUGCUCGUAGCAAGAAUCAACCACCAAAGAUCGAUCGUUACUCGUUGAACAACGUCAAGAUCCGCGCUGGACUGACAUUUGAAUUCGACGUUCCGGUACAAGGUGAGCCGGUUCCAGCUAAGGAAUGGACUCAUAAGGACAAUAUGGUUAUCAAUACGGAUCGUGUCAAGGUUGUAUACGAAAACUACAGGACCAAGCUGCGUGUUAUGGAUGUCAAGCGUUCCGAUAGUGGAGUCUACACGCUCACGGCCAAGAACAAGAAUGGUAUCGACAUCGCUGAUGUAAAUGUGGUAGUCCUGGACGUUCCUGCUCCACCAGAGGGACCUAUUCGUCACGAGAAUCUGUCCAAGACUGGAGUCACGCUUAUGUGGCGUCCUCCGAAGGACGAUGGUGGUUCGGAAAUCCUGCAUUACGUCGUUGAAAAACUGGACACCGAUCAACUGCGUUGGAUCCCGGUUGGCGAAACCAUUUCGACCAAGAUUCGUCCGGAUAACUUGAUCGAGGGACAUUCGUACCAAUUCCGCGUACGUGCGGUCAAUAAACAGGGUGAAUCUAUUCCGUUGUCUACUUCUCAACCAAUCACUGCCAAGGAUCCGUACACUAAGCCGGACAAACCUGGCAAACCCGUGGCUGUUGAUUGGAGCGAUAACUACGUUACCCUGGAAUGGGCCAUCCCGAAGAAGGAUGGAGGAUCGCCGAUCACGAGCUACGUCGUUGAGAAGAAGCCUCGCUACGGAGAUUGGAAAUUUGCUGGAGAGUUCACUGAACUGUACAAACCAGCUGCCAAGAUCACCGAUUUGGUCAAGGACGAAGAGUAUGAGUUCCGUAUCUGCGCUGUCAAUAAGGCUGGCGUAAGUGACCCAAGCGAAUCUUCUGAUCCAAUUGUGUGCAAGUCUCGUUUCGUGCCACCUCACUUCGACAAGAACGCUCUGAAGGAUCUGAUCGUUCCGGUUGGCAAGAAGAUCGCUUACAAUGUGACUGUUGAAGCGUCGCCAAACGUGACUGCCGUCUGGAAACGCGACGGAGUCGUCAUCCCAGAAUCCCAAAGAGUCAUCCGUGAAGCCUACAACAACGAGGUUUCGUUGGAGAUUCCUUUCUCGAUCCGUGAAGACUGUGGUAUGUACACGCUGAUCGUGAAGAACAGUUGCGGCGAGUAUUCGGCGUCUGGACACGUUACCGUUCUGGAUAAACCAUCGCCACCGGAAGGACCACUCAGAAUCACGAACAUCACUACCGAAGGAUGCCAUCUGGAAUGGAAAUUGCCCAAGGACGAUGGAGGCAGUCCAAUAACUCACUAUGUAAUUGAAAAGAUGGACAUGUCCCGUGGCACGUGGUCUGCUGCCGGAAUGAGCACUUCACUGGUUAACGAGAUUUCGCGUCUGAUUCACAACAAACGUUACUCGUUCAGAGUCAAGGCCGUCAACGAAAUUGGUGAAUCCGAACCACUGGAAUCUUCGCAUCCAAUUGUCGCCAAGAACGAUUUCGAAGAGCCCUCACAGCCACCGAAGCCCCAGGUUACCGAUUGGGAUGCCAACUCGGUCAGCUUGGAAUGGAAUGCACCCAAGUCCGACGGAGGAGCUCCAAUCACCGAAUACAUUGUACAGAAGAAGGAGAAGGACAGUCCUUACUGGAGCACUGCUGGACGAGUGCCUGGAAUUCAACGCAAUCUCAAGGUACCAGAUCUGGCCACCGAAACCGAAUGGGAGUUCCGUGUCAUUGCUGUUAAUGCCGCUGGAGAGUCUGAGCCUUCAGAUGCCUCGGAUGCCGUGCUCACUCGUUCACGCUUCAUUGCUCCCAAGAUCGUUACCCCACUGCGAGAUAUGGUUGUCAAGGCUGGACUUAUCUUCCAUUUGGAUGUGAACUUCACCGGAGAACCGGCACCGGAAGUUGUUUGGACUUUGAAUGGUAAGCCAGUGGAGAGCGACAAGCGUACGACAAUGACCGCUGUUGGACAUCACACCAUUGUGCACACCGUUAACUGCAACCGUGGUGACUCCGGUGACUACAAGCUUAAGAUCAGCAACUCGAGCGGUACCGACGAAGGCAGUUUGCAUUUGACAGUGCUGGAUCGCCCAGAUCCACCAGAAGGCCCAAUGAACUACGAAGAAAUCACGGAAAAGAGCGUAACAAUCUCGUGGAAACCUCCAAAGGACAACGGUGGAUCCGAGAUCACCGGAUACGUUGUAGAGAAGAAGGAUCUUACCCACGGAGGAGGUUGGGUACCGGCUGUGGCCUAUGUUAGUCCGAAGUAUACUCACACUGUGGUGCCUCGUCUGAACAAGGGCAACAAAUACGAGUUCCGUGUCAUGGCUGAAAACCUUCAAGGACGCUCGGAUGGUUUGAUGAGCAAGCACCCAGUCGUGGCCAAGGAUCAGUUCGUCGUUCCUGGCCCGCCAACCAAACCAGACAUUACGGAUAGUAACUACGACUUUAUCACUCUGAGCUGGAAGCCUCCAAUUAGUGACGGUGGCUCUAGAAUCAGUGGUUACAACAUCGAACGAAGGGAUACUGCUACUGGACGCUGGAUUCAAGCCAACAAAUAUCCAGUCGCGAACAUCGAAUUUACUGACACUGGAGUCAUGCGUGGUCACCAGUACGACUACCGUGUAUCGGCCGUCAAUGCUGCUGGACAGGGUCAACCUAGCGAUCCAUCAAGCAAAUGCUGGGCUAAACCAAUGCAACAGGCUCCUAAACUCAACCUUGACAGUUUCGGCAAGCGUACCAUCAAGGUCCGUGCUGGAGAACCAAUCAUCAUUACAAUUCCACUGGUUGGUGCUCCAAUUCCAACCGUCGAAUGGUUCCGCAAUGGAGUCAAGAUCCCGGAAACUUCUCGCACUACCAUCGAUACCAACAGCGAACAUACUGUCUUCCGUGUCGAGCGUAGUGAACGCAAGGACUCAGAUACCUACAAAAUCAAGGCAUCCAACCAGUACGGCGAGGAUACCAGAGAGUUCGAAGUCAUCGUCGUCGAUCGUCCACAACCACCACGAAAUGUGUUCGCCUUGGAAACUACCCAAGACACCGUUACCCUCAACUGGGAUCCACCAAAGGACGACGGUGGCUCAGACAUCACCGGAUACAGUAUCGAGUACAAAGAAUUCCCAUCCGACAACUGGAAGAUGGUUUACGGUACUGUUCCUCGCUGUUCGCAUACUAUCAAGCAUCUGACCGAGAAUCACGAAUACAUCUUCCGAGUUCGUGCCGAGAACAUCUACGGAGCUUCGGAUCCAACUGAAAGCAAGACCAUCUCGCCAAAGAGCCCCGAUCCACCGCAGACAGUCGACAAGCCGGCAGUCGAAGAUUAUACUCCGAGCUCGUGCACCAUCUCGUGGAAACCUCCGCGAGUGCAAACUCGUCCAGUCACCGGCUACAUCGUCGAGAAGCGUGAACGUGGUACAGGCGAAUGGGUGCAAGUCAACAACUACCCAACUGUCAACACUACUUACACUAUUCCUGAUCUGAUGGAAGGCUUCCGUUACGAAUUCCGUGUGAAGUCCGUCAAUGACGUCGGUGUCAGCAAGCCAAGUGAGCCAACCGAUCCCAUCACUGCACAAUACCAACGCAAACGUCCGAAUCAACCAGAUCCACCAUCGAUCGAUAAGAUCUCGCGCAACAGCGUAACUCUGUCUUGGCGCACGCUGCGUAGAGAUGCCAAAGAGAAGAUCAAGGGCUAUCUGAUUCAGUACCGUGUCAAGGAUGAAGAGAAAUGGGUGGAUUCCAACAGUGCCGCUGACUUGUGCAGCGAUCAGUCGUACCGCGUUGAAAACUUAGAAGAGAACAAGGAAUACCAAUUCCGUUUGAUUGCGGUCAACGACAUUGGCUCGUCCGAUCCAUCGCGUCCAAGUAUUUCGGUUAUCCUACAGGAGCAGCCCAACAAACCAAUGAUGGAUCUGCGCAACGUUCGGGAUAUUACUGUUCGUGCGGGAGAGGACUUCAAUAUCCACAUCCCGUACACUGCUUUCCCGAAACCGGUCGCCACCUGGUUUGCCAACGAUGAGCAGCUUGAUGAUAAGGAUACCCGUGUGCAUCAACAGCUCACAGAUGAAGCUGCCAUCUUCGUCGUUACGAACAGCAAGCGUACUGAUUCUAAACAAUAUCGUCUCAUGCUUAAGAAUCCAUCUGGUUACGACAUUGCCACUUGCAACGUUAAGGUCUUGGACAAACCAUCGAAACCGGAGAACAUUGGCGUCGAAUCGUAUGGUGGAGAACACCUCACUCUAUGCUGGAAUGCACCACUUGAUGAUGGCGGCUCGCAGGUUACCAACUAUGUUGUCGAAAGGAAGGAGAAGAACUCAUCCAACUGGACCAAGGUCAGCAGCUACUGCACGACUACCUACCUCAAGAUUCGCAACCUGCGUAUCAACCAACAGUACGAGUUCCGUGUCUAUGCUGAAAACAAGUACGGAAUGUCUGAACCUGCUCAAUCCGACACCAUCAUUGCCAAGCAUCCAUUCGAUGUCCCAACGCAACCUGGAACUCCGACCCGUGUCGAGACCACCGAAGACUCCGUCACCAUCACUUGGAUCAAACCGGCAAGCAACGGUGGUUCGCCGAUCACGCACUACAUUGUCGAGAAGCGACCGGCUGCCGAAGGAACCUGGACCAAGGUUCAACAGGGUACCCUCAAGGAUCUCAUGUGCAAAGUGUCUGGACUCACUGAAAACCGCGAAUACAUCUUCCGCGUGGCCGCCGUUAAUGCCGCUGGCCAGUCACCAUUCAGUGCUCCGUCGGAUCCGAUCAUGGUCACAGCCGCCUUCACCGCUCCGAAGAUCACCUCGGAUAUUGGAAUGCGAGACAUUCUGGUUAUUGCCCGCGAUCCAUUCAAGAUCAUUGUUCCAUUCGCUGCCUCACCGCGACCAGAUGCAUUCUGGUUGGUUAACGGAAACGAGGUUUCAAGAAACGAAAGAAUCGAACUGCAGGUUACCGAUACCGAAGCCGUCUUCAAGAACGACAAUGCCAAGCGCUUGGACAGCGGCAGCUACACCAUUCACUUGGUCAACUGCGUUGGAAAGGAUACUGCUUCUUGCCGUGUGCUGGUGGUUGAUAAGCCAACUCCUCCAAUUGGACCACUGGAAGUUACGGAAAUCACUCCAGACUCGUGUACACUGUCCUGGAAGGUCCCACUGGACGAUGGUGGCAGUCCAAUCACGAACUACAUUGUCGAACGCUACGAACCACUGGGCUACUGGACCAAGGCAAGCAGCUUUGUCCGAUCAACUCACUACGACAACAUGGGAAUGGAAAAUAACAAACAGUACAGCUUCCGGGUUCGUGCUGAGAAUCAGUACGGCAUUAGUGAUCCUUUGAUUUUGGAAGAACCUAUUGUUGCUCGUUAUCCAUUCACCGUGCCCGAUCCACCGAACCCACCACGUGUGUCCGAUUGGGAUGCCAGCUACGUCACGGUCACCUGGGAACGCCCACUUAUGGAUGGUGGAUCUCGUAUCCAGGGCUAUCGCUUCGAGUACCGCGAUGUUACCGACAGUACUUGGAUCGUGUGCAACUUCCUCAUCAAGGACAACAGCUACCAGGUGUACAACCUUAUACCUGGCAAAGAGUACGAAUUCCGCGUCCGUGCACAGAAUGCUGCUGGUGUAAGCAAGCCAUCGGCUUCGUCGAAGAGAUUCAAGAUCCAUGGCAAGAUUACGCCACCAUCGGCACCAGGAGCCCCGGCCAUCGUUAAGGUUGGCAAGAGCUUCGUCGAUCUUAGCUGGACUCCGCCGGCAAGCGAUGGUGGUUCUAGAAUCACCGGCUACUAUGUGGAACGUCGUGACAUUGGAGGAGCACGCUGGGUCAAAUGCAACGAGUCCAAUAUUCCUGUUACUGAGCUUACCAUUACGAAUCUCAUUGAAGGCGGAGUUUACGAAUUCCGUGUCUACGCUGUUAAUAACUAUGGAGUGUCACCACCAUCGGCUGAAACUCGCUCGGUACGUAUUGGUGAACAACUGGACACCGAGAAACCAGAAUGGGUCAAGAGGUUGAAGUUCAGCCUGGUGCCACUUGGAAAAUCGGUGCAGUUGACUUGCGAAGCCCAUGGAAAACCGGAACCGACCUGCAGAUGGUUGCGCAAUGGAAAGGAGAUCACCCACGGAGGUCAGUUUGCUUUGGAAAGCAAGAACGGUGUAUUCUCGUUGCACAUCUCGAAUGUCACGUAUCGUGACGAGGGUGACUACACUUGUGAGGCACUUAACUUUGUCGGAGCUAUCCAUACUACGGCUGCUGUGAAGAUUGGAGUACCACCGAAACUGGUCAACAUUCCAUCGGACGUGUACUUGAUCAAGGGAGACAACGCCAAGAUCAAGCUUGGAUUCAAUGGAGACCAUCCGAUGGAGGUUAACAUUUCGAAGGAUCGCGAGAAGCUGGUGGAAACCGAGCACAUUAAGUACACAGUGUUUGACGAUUGCGCAGUUAUCUACAUCCGCGAUGUUGAAGAUGCUGAUAAGGGAGUGUACCUGGUUAACUUCAAAAACGAAAGUGGCAGUGUGUCGUGUAAUGUGAAUGUGCAUGUAACUGGACUGCCUGGACCACCAACAGGACCACUGCUGAUCAGUCACGUUACGAAGAACAUGUGUACCGUAUCUUGGAAACCACCGAAGUACGAUGGAGGUCGCAAGAUCACCCAUUACGUUGUUGAACGUCGCGACAUUAAAUCGCAGCACUGGCUAAUCGUUUCUAACUACAUCAAGGAAACGCAGUUGAUCAUCAAGGGAUUGAUUGAGUUCUCGGAAUAUCUCUUCCGUGUAUCGGCUGUGAACGAGAACGGAAUGGGUGCCCCAUUGGAGGGAUCAGAUCCGAUCAAGGCCCGUGGACCAUACGAUCUGCCAUCACCACCUGGAAUUCCAAUCAUACACGAAGUUGGAGGCGAUUUCGUCAACUUGGAAUGGGAGAAACCAUACUCGGAUGGUGGUACCCGUAUCUUGGGAUACUGGAUCGAAAAGCGCGAACAGGGAACAGAUACCUGGCAGCGUGUCAAUACCGUCUCCUGCUCAAUUUGCACGAUCAACUGCCCGAAUCUGGUCGAGGGUCGCUUCUACGAGUUCCGUGUUGCCGCUCAGAACGAAGUUGGUUGUUCGGAAUUCUCCAAGGCUUCGCAGCUGGUGAAGGCCGAAGAUCCAGACGUUUGCAAGCCCCCAGAGGUCGUGAAGCCACUGAACACUUUGACCUGUGUCCAGAACAGAAACGUCGAGUUCGUGUGCAAGAUCACCGGUGUUCCACGUCCAAAGAUCACCUGGCACAAGGGAGCUCGCGAGAUCUGCUCUGGAUCUCGGUAUCACAUGUACAGCGACGGAGAUAUGCAUCAUCUGGCGAUCAACGAUGUAUUUGGCGAGGAUGCUGAUGAGUACACUUGCCGUGCCGUCAACAAGGGAGGUAUCAAGUCAACCAAGGCCUCACUCAUCAUCAAAUCACCACCGAAACUUAACGUUCCACCACGCUUCCGCGACACGGCCUUCUUCGACAAUGGAGAAAAUAUCGAGAUCAAGAUUCCGUUCACCGGCUUCCCGAAACCACGUUGCCACUGGACCCUCAAGGGCGAACAGAUCGAGUCCGGUAGCCACUAUCACAUUGAGACUCGUGAGCGCCACACUGUGCUGACGAUCCGCGAUGGCUCGCAGAUGGACUCGGGCACCUACACGAUCACGAUCGAGAACGAGCUGGGACAGGACACUGCGGAUAUCAAGAUUCAGAUCAGCGAUUGUCCAGACAAGCCAAGGAACCUCACCGUGGAUCAAAUUGGAUUGGAUCAUGUCACGCUCAGCUGGUUGCCGCCAUCUUGGGACGGAGGCGCCAGCAUCACCAACUAUAUCGUGGAGAAACGCGAAGUGCCACUAUCUACGUGGAUUCGUGCCGGAACUACUCGCUUCAACCAGCUCAUCAUUCCACACCUGUCGCCGGGACAUCAAUACGAGUUCCGUGUGUUUGCUGAGAACGUAUAUGGUCGAUCGGAGCCAUCUGAUCAGACUGAGUUGGUUAGCCUGAAGGACUUGGGCAUCAAGCCAGCCAAGCGUGUCAAGUACGAGCUGGAUGAGAAUGGCAAACCGAAGCGUCAAGGCAAGCGUGAACCGAUCUCCGACUACGAUACGUACGUGUUCGACAUCUACUCCAAAUACCAUCCAAAACCAGUGGAGAUCUCCAACAAGAGUGUAUACGAUCUGUAUGAAAUUCUCGAAGAGAUUGGUACGGGAGCAUUUGGUGUAGUGCAUCGUUGCCGUGAGCGUAAGACCGGAAACGUGUUUGCCGCCAAGUUUAUCCCGGUGUCCCAGAACUCUGAACGUACGUUGAUUCGCAAGGAAAUCGAUAUCAUGAACCAGUUGCACCAUCGCAAGCUGAUUCAUCUACACGAUGCAUUUGAAGAUGACGAUGAAUUUGUGCUGAUUUACGAGUUCUUGUCGGGUGGUGAGCUCUUCGAGAGAAUCACUACCGAAGGAUACCGCAUGUGCGAACAGGAGAUCAUCGAGUACAUGAAGCAGAUCUGCGAAGCCGUCAAAUACAUGCACGAGAAGAACAUCAUCCAUCUGGAUAUUAAGCCCGAGAAUGUGAUGUGCCAGACUAGGAAUAGCAACCAGGUGAAACUGAUCGAUUUUGGAUUGGCCACGCGAUUGAAUCCCAAUGAAAUGGUCAAGAUCUCGACGGGAACGGCCGAGUUCGCUGCUCCGGAGAUUGUGGAGCGUGAACCAGUUGGUUUCUAUACCGAUAUGUGGGCGGUUGGUGUGUUAGCUUAUGUGCUAAUCAGUGGAUUGUCGCCAUUCGCUGGUGAGACUGAUAUCGACACUCUGAAGAACAUUAAGCAAGGAACUUGGGAGUUUGACGAGGUUGCAUUCAAGGACGUAUCUGAGGAAUGCAAGGACUUUAUCCGCCGUCUGUUGAUCAAGAAUACCGAGAAGCGCAUGACUGCUCAUGAAUGCCUGAUGCAUCCAUGGUUGAGCGACAGCUACAACAGUUCGACGUCGUUGAUCUCGAUCGAGCGAUACAAAACGAUCCGCGAUCAUAUCCGCAGAAAGUACGACGACUGGGCAUCGUUUGUCCUGCCUCUGGGUAGACUGUCCGAGUAUUCGGCUCUUCGUAAGCUUUUGGUUACCAAGUACAAGAUCCACGAAACUUCGUUCGACCGUCGCCAGGCUGCCCCACGGUUUGUCAUUCGACCACAGUCGGCAUUCUGUUACGAAGGCCAGAGCUGCAAGUUCUACUGUCGUGUCAUUGGUGUGGCUACUCCUGUUGUGACCUGGUACCAUAACAACCAGGAACUGAAACAGUCUGUCAAGUUCAUGAAGCGUUAUGCUGGUGACGACUACUACUUCAUCAUCAACCGUGUCAAAUUGGACGAUCGAGGCGAGUACAUCAUCCGUGCCGAGAAUCACUACGGAUCUCGCGAGGAAGUCAUCUUCCUGAAUGUCCAUCCGAUGUCGAAACAAGUGCCAGUCUACAAACCUGAAACUCAUACCGUUCGUAAACGUGAGCCAAGCCCACGUCCAAUGUGGCAAGAGGAAUCGGAUGCUGCUCCAGUGUUCACUUUCGCGCUACGUCCUCGUGUUAUGCAGAUGAGAGACACUUGCAAGCUGUUGUGUUGUCUCAGCGGAAAGCCAGUGCCCACCGUCAAGUGGUACAAGAACGGACGCGAACUUAGCCGAUACGAAUACUCGAUGACCCAUACGGAUGGUGUGGUGACCAUGGAAAUCAUUGAUACCAAGGUCGGCGACUCGGGCGAAUACAAGUGUGUUGCCAUCAACCCUCUGGGUAAGGCCGAAACCAGCAGUGUUGUGAUCGUUGAGGAUCGCCGCCACCAGUCGGAACUGCCUCAGGUGGAAGUCACGAAAUCUGCCGGAAAGAAACCGGAACCUAAGCCACUGCCAAGUGCUUCGAAGUCUCUGGGACCGCCAGAUGCGCGAUCGCGGCAAUCUACCCGCGAGCUGAUGCCUCUGCAAUCGGACGCGUUGAUGCAUCCACCAAAGUUCACCAAGGAGCUGAAGGAUGUGAUCGCUUCGGAUGGUGAACCGCUGCAGCUGAACUGUCACGUCAGUGGAGACCCACUGCCGCAGAUCGUUUGGACCAAGAACGGCAAGAAGUUGACGUCGUCGGACGUUAUCGACAUUAAGUACAAAUCGGGCAUUGCCAGCCUGCGAAUCAACGAACUGUUCCCGGAGGACUCCGGUAGCUACGUGUGCACGGCCAAGAACUCCAUGGGUGAAACGUCGACGCUGUGUAAUCUCGAUGUGAAAAAGGUCGGCUCGACAGGUCGGUCAGGCGAUAAGAAGGGCUCUAUGUUGAAGGCCCCGAUCAUCAACAAGCACACCGAUUCCGGCUACUACAAGGACGGAUCGGAGGUGGUUAUCAAGUGUAACAUCUCCUGCCCGGAUCCGUUCAACGUGAUCUGGCUGCAUGAUAACCGGGAAAUCAAGAACACUCCUGAUUUCGAGUAUCUGCACGACGGCGAUGUGUACUCGCUGCACAUCCCAGAAAUCUUCCCCGAAGACGCUGGCACUUACACGUGCGAGGCGUUCAACAAGGGUGGCGAAAGCUUCAGUUCCUGUACCAUUACGGUGUUGGCCAGUGGCGAGCAGAAGGACACGCCAACCUUCGCCAAGUUCCCGGCUUCGUUGAGUGUGCUGGACGGUGCGAAGGCCGUGUUCAGCUGCGAGACAUACGACGCCCCGACCAAACUCGAAUGGUAUAAGGACGGCGAACCGAUCAACGAGUCUUCCAACCGAUACCGAUUCGUGAAGAAGGACAACAAGUACACCUUCACCAUUGCCAAGUGUUCGUUCGAGGACAUUGGCCAGUACCAGGUGCGGGCGGUGACACGCCAAGGAGACGCCCUGGCCUCCUUCUCGGUCAAUGUUAGUGCGUAGGGAACCUCCCCGAACUCUCAAUCUCUAUUUUAGCUCAUAAGGUUGUUAGGAUGUUAGAUAGCAGCAAUCAAGAAGAAUCAAUUUUUUGUAACUGGGUUAGGAUUUUUGUACUUGAUUUUUUUUUUUCGUUAGAGUCUAAUGAAU